GGGGGAGGUCUACAGAAGGGGAACUGGAUCGACUGACUCAGGAGAAAAGGGGAAGUCUCCGAAAAACAGGAGGGAAUGAGCCUAAACGCAAAAGUUACAUGUGGAGGCAAAGGCUGAGGCAUGGAGCGAGACAGGAUCGCCGCUCUGAAGAGGUCCUUUGAGGUGGAGGAUGUGGACACCUCUGCCCAUUCCCCAGGCUCUCGUCGCACCACCAGCUCUCCUCACCGUAACGCCAUGUCCCCCACCAGCAUCUACUACCGCGAUUUGGGCAGCGCCACCUCUGCCCCCAACAACAACAGCGUCAACUACAGCCAGCCCCGCUCCAUCAUGGGUGGAGGGGGGUCCAAAACUCCUGAACCAGUGUCCCGCCGCUCCGAGCUAUCCAUCGACAUCAGCUCUUCCAGUAAACAGGUGGACAACAUCACCAGUCCAGCCUCUGCUCGCUCGGUCAGUAGCGCACUCAAGCGUCCUGAAGUCCUGGGCCACUCCAGAACACCUGAGAUGGGACAUAAGAGAGAGGUGACCUUCGCCAAGACCCCCACGGACUCCCCGGUAACACGGCGCAACGAUGGCAACAGCAAUAACGGGUUCGGUCGUGAGCAGCAUCACCCACGGAAGUUGGAGACAUCCAAUCCAGGAGAUGUGCGUAAACCCGACAUAAGCAUCACCAGGGCCCCCCCAGAGAACAACGGGCACAACCACCCUGCGGUGCACCACCCGCACCACCCCAACCCCCACCAUAACACCAUCGUCACCACCUUCCGCUGCUCCUCGCCGAGCCACGGACGCAAGUCGCCCAACCCUGACAGGUCAGAGGUUAGUCUGGGCCACACCAUGUCUGAAUCCGGCAAGCAGCACCCAGCCAAAGGGGACAAGAGCCAUGUGGGCGACUCCAGCUACGUGGGCAUCGACGCCAUCUUGGAGCAGAUGAGGAGGAAGGCCAUGAAACAGGGCUUUGAGCUCAACAUCAUGGUGGUUGGGCAAAGCGGUCUGGGGAAGUCCACUCUCAUGAACACGCUGUUUAAAUCCAAAGUGAGUCGCAAAUCGGUGCAGCCUGACCCAGAGGAGAGGAUCCCAAAGACUGUCGAGAUCAAGUCCAUCAGUCACGAUAUCGAAGAGAAAGGGGUGCGGAUGAAGCUGACGGUCAUUGACACGCCUGGUUUUGGAGAUCAGAUCAAUAAUGAAAACUGCUGGCAGCCCAUCAUGAAGUUCAUCAACGAUCAGUAUGAAGCAUACCUGCAAGAGGAGAUCAACAUCGACCGAAAGAAGAGGAUCCCAGACUCCAGAGUGCACUGCUGCAUAUACUUCAUCCCUCCCACUGGACACUGCCUGAGGCCUCUCGAUGUGGAGUUCAUGAGGCGUCUGAGCAAAGUGGUCAACAUCGUCCCCGUCAUCGCCAAAGCAGACACGCUCACACUGGAGGAGAGGGACUUUUUCAAACAGACGAUUAGAGAAGGCCUGCGUGCUAAUGGAAUCGACGUGUACCCUCAGAAAGAGUUUGACGAGGACGCCGAGGACAGGCUGAUCAAUGACAAGAUCAGGGAGAUGAUCCCAUUUGCUGUUGUGGGGAGUGACCAGGAAUACCAGGUGAACGGGAAGAGAAUCCUCGGCAGGAAAACAAAAUGGGGGACUAUAGAAGUUGAGAAUAUUUCACACUGUGAGUUUGCCUACCUGCGAGAUCUCCUCAUAAGGACUCACAUGCAGAACAUCAAAGACAUCACAGGGAGCAUUCACUAUGAGACAUACAGGGUCCGGCGGUUAAACGAAUCAAACCACAUCAACUCUCAGUCCCCUGGACAUCCAGUGCUCCAGCCCAAAGCCAAUGGUCAGAUAGAGGCGCAGCCUGCCCCAGCACAAGCCAACGGAGUGCCCACACAGCAUGAAGUCAUGUCCCAUGAGAUGUAGAUGAAAGGAUCCUAGGUCGAAAAGAAAUCAGGAAGUAAAUAGAUGCACAAGGUCAUUGAGAUGUUCAGUUUACAUAACAAGUCCCCUUCUUAUGCUGUGAAGUGUGUUGUUUUAGAUAGAUUUACUACUACCUGCACCACAACUCUUAUUUAAGUGACAGAUAUGCCAAAGUCACCAUUACAUUAUGGAGAGUAGUUUUUUAUUUUCUACAGUCCUACAUUAUUCCAUAUUUGCCCAUGACUGCUCAUUAGAGUCUCCAUCUCCACAAUAGGCUACUUCAGACAGACCACAUGCAGAUGCACUUAAAGCACAGUACGUCACAUUCUUAAUUAUAUGGUUGUCAUGACUGCAGUUAAGUAUUCAGGUGCUGUAUUUCUCUUAAUUAAGGCAUUAUAUAUUUCCAUCAUACACCACUGACAGAAAUUAAGCAACUAAAAUAUCAAUAUAAAAAGUACUAUCCAUACUUGUACCCAAAAUCCAACUGGUAGUGUUGUGAUGUGUAGAUUUGUAUAGGAUUAUUUAGCCAUGUUUAGUUCAAAGUACAUUAUUGACACCUCCACAGUGUACACAGUCAUGGCAGUGUGGAGCAGAUUUCAAACAAAAUGGUUCCUCACUUUUUAUUGUCUUACAUUGAUGUUUUAAACCCAUUUUGCCAGUUCAUUGUCUUCAUAUUGUGUUAUGCCAUGUGUUUUUACAGUGCUUGAUUCAUAUUGUAUUUUAAUUGCUGAUGUUUUUGAUCAUACAGUAUAUUAUUGUAUAUGAGAGUGAUUUGUGCCACCAUUAUAACUUUUGUUUGACUGUAAACCAAAUAAAAGAUUUGUUCAAAAGAGAAGCACACAUAGUAUACAUUGAUUAUGAAUAAUAUUUAUGUGUAUGUUAAAUGUAACCAAUGCAUCAAACUUCCAUUGUUUCCAUUAAAUAUCCUCAGACUUUUUUUUUUUUUUUUUACGUUUGCCUGUAUACAUUUUAUCGCAAAAAUUACACUUACAUUUAGAUUCACUCCAAUCCACCAUUUGAAAAAUGUUGAUAUUUAGAAAUUAAAACUUCAGAUAAAUUUCCUAUAUUUUCACAGCAAUUUUCUAUACAAAUGAACAAAAGAUAUUCCCUUUUUCCAGGAAAGUUAUUGGGUUUCACUUUGUUUAUUGUUGUAUAGAACUUGUGGAAUUCGUUAUGGUAUUAUAGAAUAGGAUUUAUCUUUGAUAUAUCUUUAAGAAUAAAUAUUUUGUUGUUUAAA